AUGUAUUCCGGUGAAAUAUGUUUUCGUAUCAAGGAUUUCAUGGAUGUCGUAUAUUGUGUUUAUGUUUUUAAAACGAAAAAGCAAUCAGAAAGGUGGAGAAAACUGCGCAAUAUAGUACAAUGGACGCCGUUCUUCCAAACGUAUAAGAAGCAACGGUACCCCUGGGUCCAGCUAGCCGGUCAUCAAGGGAACUUCAAGGCUGGUCCAGACCAAGGCACGAUAUUGAAAAAGCUGAGUCCCCAAGAAGAGAGGUGUUUUCAGUUACUGAUGAAAGAUGUCCUGCGGCCUUUUGUACCUGAAUACAAGGGACAAGUCACUUGUGAAGACGGAGAACUGUACUUACAACUACAAGAUCUCUUAAGCGACUUCGACUGUCCGUGCGUUAUGGAUUGCAAAGUUGGAGUCCGCACUUAUUUAGAAGAAGAAUUAGCUAAGGCUAAAGAAAAAACUAAGUUAAGAAAAGAUAUGUACGAGAAAAUGAUACAAAUAGAUCCUAAAGCUCCAACAGAAGAAGAACACAGAAGUAAAGGGGUAACAAAACCAAGGUACAUGAUUUGGAGAGAAACUAUCAGUUCAACAUCUACACUGGGAUUCAGGAUAGAUGGUGUAAAGAAAGCCGAUGGCACCAGCACAAAAGACUUUAAAACUACGAAAACACGUGAACAAAUCGUAGAGGCAUUUAAAGACUUUACCACCGUGUUUCCAAAUGCUGUGCCCAAAUAUUUGGAAAGGCUAAAGAACAUCCGAUCAAAGUUAAUAGAAUCUCAUUUCUUCCGAACGCAUGAACUUAUUGGCAGCUCUUUACUCUUCGUACAUGACAAAAGGAAAGCAUCCAUUUGGAUGAUAGAUUUCGCCAAAACAGUUCCUGUACCAGACAAUGUAAAUAUUGACCACAAUUCUGCUUGGAAAGUUGGGAACCAUGAGGACGGUUACUUAAUUGGUAUCAAUAACUUAAUAUCUAUCUUUGAAUCUCUCAUUAAAGAUGAUAAUGGGAACAUAGAUCAGUGUUACUCAAAUUUAACUUUAGACAAAAAUGUUAGAAGAGACAGUCUCGCAACU